UCCUGUUGUAUACUUGUAUUAUUUUUGGGCAGAGUCACAGAGAGAUAAUGGAAGGGUAGUGGCGCCGCUUCGGAUCGUAGUCAUUUUUUAUCCUUAUAUUAUUUCUCACUCCCGUUACAACUUACAACCCUCAUCAGUCAUCACCACGGGAGAAAUCGAAUGGAGCUCCUCAAAACCUGCAGUAACAAUGGAAGCAUACACCAUGACCUUCAAUCGUCGUCCGACUUCAAUCCCACCCAACAUUACACAUUCGCCGACGACAUCGACAGCGGUGCCUCUACUCCUUACGUCAGCGCUCCGUCCAGUCCUGGCCGUGGACCACCGCAUUCUUACGGAGGAGGAUUCUUCUACAGUGCUCCUACUAGUCCUACACAUCAUGCCUAUUCAAAAACGGAUUCCGUUUCUUCUAUUCCUCUAGAAGGAUCGGGUGGCUCCUUUGAGUUCGAGUUCACGGUAAGGCAAGAAACCAGCGGAGCAGCUCCCUCCGGAUCCAUGAGCUCUGCUGAUGAACUCUUCUUGAACGGCCAGAUCCGUCCUAUGAAGCUCUCCUCUCACCUUCAACGUCCUCAGGACCUAGCUCCGUUGAUCGACGUUCUGGAAAACAACGGAGAAAAUGGUGGUGAUGAAGAGGUAAAGUUUGGCAGAGACAGGCACAGAUCCAAAAAACCGUUAAGGAGAAGAGCUAGAUCUAUGUCGCCGUUGAGGACGAACAGCGCAUUUCAAUGGCUGGAGGACUUUCAGGAUGGAAGAGAAUCUACUGAAAUCAAGGAGGAAUUGGAAUUGGAAGCCGAAGAGAAGCAGAGAGCUGAAGAAGAUAAUGAAAUUCCGUCGUCCGGUGCAUCAUCGCGGUCAUCCUCCGUCGGCCGGAGCUCGAAACGAUGGGUGUUUCUGAAAGAAUUACUAUAUAGAAGCAAGAGCGAAGGACGGAACCGCAACCACAAGUUGUGGUCCGCAUUGUCUUUUACGCCUUCUUCUUCUGGUAAGAAAGAUAAGAAAUCAUCAAAAACAGAGGAUGGAAACAGCAACAGCACAGCGGAGGCGCCACCGCCUAAAACGACGACAAAGAAAGCAGUAAACGGAGUCGGCGUGAAUAGGAAGAGGAGCAUGGGACGUUCAGCACAUGAAGUGCAUUACACGAUCAAUCGAGCACAGGCGGAGGAGAUGAGGAAGAAGACGUAUCUUCCUUACAGACAAGGGUUGUUGGGUUGCAUAGGGUUUAGUUCAAAGAGUUACGGAGCCAUGAAUGGAUUUGCCGCAGCUUUCAAUCGUGUUCCAUCCAGGUAAAUUUUGGACAUGGAUGGCUUGUAUAGGAAAAAAAAAUCUUCUGUAUACCGAUGUUUCUAUCUUAAUCAACAUAUGUUGAUGGGCUGUAUACAUACAUAUAAUGAUAAUUUGUUUAACAGAUAUUUUUAAGUCGAGUAAAAUAUAUCAAAAGUUAUUGUAA